AUGAAAGCAGCCCAAAGUAGGCAGAAGAGCUACUAUGAUAAGAGAAGAAAGGAUCUUGAAUUUGCUAUAGGUGAUCAUGUAUUUUUGAGAGUUACUUCGUGGACUGGGGUUGGUAGGGCGUUGAAGUCCCGUAAGCUCACACCUAGAUUCAUUGGUCCCUUUGAAAUCCUAAAGCGUGUCGGCCCAGUUGCAUAUCAGGUGGCUUUGCCACCAUCUCUCUCAAAUCUCCAUAGUGUCUUCCAUAUCUCUCAACUCAUAAAAUAUGUCCAUGAUCCGUCGCACGUGAUCGAAUUGGACAAUGUCCAAGUGAAAGAGAACUUGACAUAUGAAACACAACCAUUGAGGAUCGACGAUCAUAUGGUUAGGCAGCUAAGGGGGAAAGAGAUUCCCUUGGUCAAAGUAGUAUGGGGAAGUGCUUCGAGUGAGGAUGCCACCUGGGAACUAGAGGGUCAGAUGCGUGAUGCAUAUCCUACCUUAUUCGAUACCGGCACAUUAUAUGAAUUGCUUACCCACGUUUACCGGAUACGUAUAUGA